AUGGGAGCCGCCAUGGCUGAACCGACGGCGCCCUCGUCCGACACCACCCCUUUAAGGUCCCUCCUAGACGGCAAUCAGAAGACGACCAGAACCAUUUACCCCCAGGCUCUCGGCCUUCCCUCUAAGAAACGACAAAGAAACGAGCCUAGCGACUCGUCGACCGAGAGGCCCAGCGACGAAACGGGUGCCGAUCGCCGGUUCAAGCUCGAAUACUCCGGGGUUCAGCAGCUUCCACCAGCUCUUGCUGCUAAGCAGCCCGCUCCCACGAAGGCACGGCGAAUCAAGGCACACUCCAAGCCAGAGCAGGCUGUCAUCAGACGAAAUUCUGCACAGAAGCUACUUGAGGGCCCCAGUGGACCCGGCCCUGGCGCUCCUCCCAUCAAUAAUGAAAGACCCGGCGUCAAAGACAACAACAACUCCCAACUUUCUCAGCCCACAAGUCUGACCCGAGCGGUCGCGUCAACUCCUCACGGCGCCAGGCCUGAGUGGCAUCCGCCAUGGAAGCUAAUGAGAGUCAUUUCUGGUCACUUGGGAUGGGUUCGGAGCUUAGCAGUCGAGCCAGGCAAUAAGUGGUUUGCAAGUGGUGCUGGCGACAGGACUAUCAAGAUCUGGGAUUUAGCCACCGGCUCCUUACGCCUGACUCUGACUGGUCAUAUAUCGACCGUACGUGGCCUUGCCGUAAGCCCGCGCCACCCUUAUUUGUUCUCCUGUGGCGAAGACAAGAUGGUCAAAUGCUGGGAUCUCGAGACAAACAAGGUUAUCCGCCACUACCAUGGCCAUCUAAGCGGCGUCUACACACUUGCGCUUCAUCCCACCUUGGACGUACUGGUCACUGGUGGUCGAGACGGUGUCGCAAGAGUCUGGGACAUGCGAACCCGAAGCAACAUUCACGUAUUAUCCGGCCACACCGGGACUGUAUCGGACGUCAAGUGUCAAGAGGCCGAUCCUCAGGUCAUGACCGGGUCUUUAGAUGCGACAGUGAGACUUUGGGAUUUGGCUGCCGGAAAGACCAUGGGUGUCUUGACGCAUCACAAAAAGGGCGUUAGGGCCUUGGCCACGCAUCCCUCAGAGUUUACGUUUGCUAGUGGUAGCACGGGAAGCAUCAAGCAGUGGAAAUGUCCCGAAGGAGCCUUCAUGCAGAAUUUCGACGGCCACAACGCCAUCAUCAAUACGCUCAGCGUUAACCAGGAAAACGUUCUGUUUUCCGGUGGCGAUAAUGGCUCCAUGAGUUUCUGGGACUGGAAGACAGGCCAUCGCUUCCAGGCUCUAGAUACUACGGCACAGCCGGGAUCCUUGGACGCCGAGGCGGGCAUCAUGAGUUCUACGUUUGAUCGCUCCGGGCUGCGUUUGAUUUGCGGAGAGGCCGACAAGACGAUCAAGAUAUGGAAGCAGGAUGAGAAGGCGACACCUGAGUCGCACCCCAUUGUUUGGCAGCCAACACUGGCCAGACGCAAGUUUUAG